AUGACCGAGGACUUCAGCAGGAAGCCCUGGGACAUGAGUGCACCCGCUGCUGGGACGCCGAGCACGGCUCGUGUCAAUCCUGACUGCCGUGGAUUACAGCGUCUCGAAGGGCGAGUCGUCCUCCUUGGCGGGUCUAAGGCCGGCAAGACUCGUCUCCGAGAGCAGAUCCUGAAGGCUGUAGCAGAGCCAAAUCUAGACUUCAACAUUGACGAGCGCACACGGAUCGAGAAGAAGCACGCGGAGCGCUUGCUCCAUUACAUCACCAUUCGCGAGUACACGGGGACCUGGAGUGUGACCUCGGAAUGUUUACCGCAUAAGAUCGAGAUUGUCGAGGUCCCCAGUUGGGCUGACGAUAUCAGCGAAGUUCUAGCAGGACACGACAGUCCCGGAACAGUAGUCUUGCUGUUAUACGAUCCUAGGUGGCCGUUCGCUCGCCGUCAAGUUUUGGGCAGGUGGGAGAAACUCAAGAAGGUCUCAUUUUCUGAAGCUUCGUCAAUGAAGCCCAUUCUUGUUUCUACCUUCUCUGACCAGCCUCUUCAGGGGACUGGUGACUCCGGGGGUAAGGUCAAGCUAGCCGAGCACCUGGGUUUUCCCGCCUUCACUAUUUCUCUGCGGAGCCGCCGUCAUGUACACGAGCUCAUCGCUGAGAUAUACCGGUCGCUGGGAGUAGCAUGCCCAGACAUUGAGAUAGAGAUCUACAGCGACGCCGGAGAGAACGAGAGCUCACAUGCUGAGCCGGACGACGGACUGCAGGCAGAGAUGUGGUCUGCUGAGCACGACAAGGAGCCGCAGGUUGGGGAGCUGCAGGCUGAGGAUCUACCAGCUCAGCCGCCCAAGGAGGGUGCGCAAAGGGAGGAUUUCAGCUUGGAGGAUUCGCCCAGCGAGAAGGUCUGGCUCAGGAAGCCGUCCAAGGCUGGGGCGGCACUGGGCUGCUGUGGUUGUCCUCUGGCGGUUGCCUGCAGGAACUUGGUAGACAGGUUGAAAAGGCGUAUCAACCGAGGGCCAGCGAGUCUUUCCAGGCGCGUACGUGCGCGCGUCUCCAGCAGCGGCGCCGAGCGGCGCGACUCUAUGGCGCCGCUUCUCGAGAAAUAG